AUGGCGGAAAUCCUGUCCGACCCUUCUCCUCCCCACGCGGGGAUCUGGGCGCCGUCAAACCGCCCGAACUUUGAUGCGCGGCGACGGAGGCCGCGCCACGCUCGAGGCCGACUCGCCACUUCACCUUGGCGGGUUGAGCGGCAUACACCCAUGGCACGGCCCUACCCCACUCGGCGACACGACACGACAAGUCGACAGCGUCGCGGACACGUGCCGCAUACUGGGCCUGAAUUUUGGGAUGUGCUCCACCGGGGGUGGAAGCGCGCCGACGACACGCUGCUUUACGAGCAGCUCAAAGCCUGCCGAAUGGAGAUAGGACUUGAUCUUGCAGAGGUCGACUUUUCCUGCCUGUCCCCCUCCUCCUCGCGGGGUCUCGGCCCUGUCACGCGUCACCCCCAGCCUCGUGUACCCUCCGCGCACCCUCUGCUGCUCUUUUCUAAGAGCGCUGAACGCGUCGUUAGCGACGCAGAACGACUUGAACGCGCAGGGGCACACCGCGCAAGAAAGGGUCUACCGCACCCGAGCCCCGCCCUACGUCGGCCCGGGUCCGGCCUUCCGUCGCCGAAGAGGGAUAGGCGGAAGAUUGUGCGCGCGCCGGGCGCGCUCAUUCCCCCCAAUCUUCCGACUUUUGCUCGCAUCCAGCACCUCCCUCCUAUCCCUUCCUCGUCCUCUUUAUCCCUUCCUCGUCCUCUCUCAGCACUUCUAACUGUCGCUCUACCCACCGGUUUCCCUGCUUUGCUCGGAAUGUCUACCAUCUGGACGACCCUAUCGCCAUCACGCCACGCCUCGACCCAUUUCGAACGUGCACCAUCAAUCGACACCAAACGCAUCUUCGCCAUGCUCACUCACCCUCAUAACGUAGCGGGCUCGCUCGUCGUCUCGGGCGCCUUCGGGAUCAACGGGAAACCUCCCGGACCGCGAAGGCAGGACUGCAUCAGCGGAGGUGUAGUCAUACAGGCCGGAGGAGAACGCGAGGGCGACGGACUCGACGACCUCCGACCCUAUACACCACACCAAGCGACAGGGCAGCGGCAACGAGGAGCUGUCUAG